AUGGUAUCCCUGCAAAAUCAAUUCCUCGGCAAAGACUCACCACUCUCGCUAACAACCUUCCACUUCGAGCCCGAUCCAUGGGGCUACCCCUUCUCCGAAUCCCACGAACUCGUCCUCGACGGCGACUACCCGCGCUACGUCGCCCUCAAACCCGACGGCACCUUCGCCCUAACAGAUCUCUCCACGGGGCCCUUCUCGGCGGACCUCGACGGCGACGGCACCUACGUCACGACGUCAGCCUUCACCGUCGACUGCGACGGCUUCGUCCAGAUCUUCACGGAAGCGCCGCUCAUUGAUCGCAACGAUCCCACCUUCCCCUGGCAGGUCACGACGGAUCCGGCCGUUGGUGGGACUACGAUCAACCAGCCGCUGUCGCCGGAUGACUUUAUUAAGGUCUUGCCGGUUGCGGGUGUGGCGCCGGUAUCGGCGGCGAGGGCGGAGACGGUGGAGGAUUCGGAGGACGAGGCGGAUGCGGCGGCGGAUGCGGAGGCUAGUCCGGGGGUGUUGACGCCGACGAGGAAGAGGAAGAGUGAUGGUGGUGGUGGUAGUGGGAGUAGGAGGAGGAACUUGUGGGAGCAGCGGCUCCGUCGGUCGAGGUGGGAGAGGAGGGCAGAUGGUGCCGAUGGUGCCGACGGUGGCGAUGAUGCUGGUAACUCUGGGCCUGCGUAUCCACGCUGCCCGGCCGCGCCGACUGGCUUGGUCAGCACUGUCAGGCCCGGCGCGCGGCAGCCCAUGGCGAAUGGAACGUGUGCGCAGAUGGGCGGCGCGAAGGUGCCGAAUUUUGACUUUACGGGGUGCUGUAAUGCGCAUGAUCUCUGCUUUGACAACUGUGACACGGGCACCUUCGACAGCUGCAACUCCGUCAUGGGCAGUUGUAUAGCUAGCACGUGCGACCAGAAGUACCCAGGAGUUGCACAGGCCGCGCAGUGGGCCGCAUGUCGCAUCAGCGGUGCCAGCUACGCCUUUGCUACUAGAGCCUUCGCUGGUGACUCUUUCUACGCCUCCAACUCGGCCCGCUGCACCUGCCGCUGCGGUGACUUGAACACCUCGCUGUGCAGUGCUUCGGCAAGCGGGAGUGCACUACAAUGUGUGAACGUCGGGCUGGGUUUGGAUGCGAAUAAUUGUGGUGGGUGUGGGAGACAGUGUCCAAAAGGAACGACGUGCAAGGGCAGCAACGGGUGCGGAUGCCCAGGUGAUCAGUGCGGGGAUGUAUGUCUUAGUCUCCAGGAUAAUCCGAACAACUGCGGCGCCUGUGGCAAUGUUUGCGCAUCCGGCAUCUGCUUCCUCGGAGAUUGCUUCACCCCGCCGAAUGUCCAGCUCGUCCAAAAUGGCCGCUUCGACAACGUCGUAGGCACGACCGCGCCGCCGUGGAAGGUCGCGUCCGCCGUCGGCGGCGCGACAAUCGACUUCAACGCCGACGGCGACGCCAACAUCUUCCACAACAGCGCCGCCAUCAACCUCCCCGCCGGCUACCCCUCCUUCAGCCUGGCCCAGACCAUCCAACUCAAGCCGCGCACCGCCUACGGCGUGAACUUCAAGGCUCGCCGCAUUGGCGGCUCGGGUCCGUGUACCGUGUCUGUCAACAUGAAUGGCAACCCCGUGUCGGGCGAUCAGGACAUCGAGCCUGAUGAAGACGUCUUCAGGGCGUUUGGUGGAAACUACAUCUCUGGCGCGACUAGCAAUACUGUUAUUUCCAUCACUGCUCAUUGUACGCGGACGACGGGGAUGUCGAUUAUUAGGGUGGAUGAUGUUAACGUGUAUGCUGUAUGA